CCCCCGCUCCUGCUCACAUGACUGUACGAAGAGACUUCCGGUAUGGCGCGUCCUGGUCUCUAGGUUCCGCUUGUGUCGCAUCUGUAGUGACGUCACGAGGGCGUUCUGCGUUUCCCAGUCAGUUAAACCCUGGGAAUGGACACUCUCACAGAAGCCCUCGCCGGAAGCUUCUCGGUUUCUUCACAACUUAACAGCACAUCUGCUCCCCACCCGCGACUGGCACAAUACAAGGGCAAAUACAACUCUCUAGAACAGAGUGAACGCCGGAGGAAACUUCUGGAACUACAAAAAGCGAAACGGUUAGACUAUGUAAACCAUGCCCGUCGACUGGCUGAAGGGGACUGGACAGAGAAAGAGGAAGAGAAGAUAGAUGACACACAAGAAAAAGAAGAUGGAGUGGGGGGUGAAGAGGAGGAGAUGGAUGUGGAUGCUGGCAAGAAGCUCCCAAGGCAUUAUGCUAACCAGAUAAUGCUCUCCGAGUGGUUAAUAGAAGUCCCUCCAGACCUGGCUGAUCUCUGGCUACUUGUAGUGUGCCCGACUGGGAAGCGUUCCUUGAUUGUGGCAUCCAGGGGAUCCACUGCAGCUUAUACCAAGAGCGGGUAUUGUGUAAACCGAUUUCCUUCACUGUUACCUGGUGGAAACAGACACAACAGUUCCACUGGCAAAGAUUAUACUAUUUUGGACUGUAUAUACAAUGAGGCAUCUCGGACCUAUUAUGUGUUAGAUGUCAUGUGUUGGAGAGGACACCCAGUUUAUGAUUGCCAGACUGAUUUUCGCUUUUAUUGGCUUGACUCAAAACUUCAGGAACAGGAAGAACUUGGUGUUAUUUCCAAACGGAACCCAUUCAAGUUUAUUGGAUUGCAGAACUUCCCCUGCUCCUUGGAUUCCAUACAGAAUGUUCUAAUGGAAACAUUUCCUUACCAGGUGGAUGGACUUCUUUUUUAUCACAAGCACACCCACUACACUCCAGGUAGCACUCCAUUGGUAGGGUGGCUGCGUCCAUACAUGGCUCCUGACAUACUGGGCUUCCCUCCCCCACCAGGACCACUUACAGAGAAGCCAGCGUAUGCAAAUGAGCAAAUGAAGCAGAUCCUAGAACACAAGAAAGAAGGGAAGGGAACAGCAGAAGGUGGACGAUAUGAACUAGAACAUCUCUCCACACUCCCUUCAGCUCCAUCAGUAAUAAGUGAAGGGCUAGAAGGAGAGGACGGAUCAAAGACUUGUGCAAGACAAAAUGCCGUCAGUUCCACUGGAAUGGAUUCGUCUUGAGUUGUGAUGCCCACAAUGUAUCUUUACUGUGGCAUGGCUGUUUGCAUUUGCUCAAGUGGACUGUCUUUGUCUUGUAUGGACAUCACUUUCUCUGUCACAAGGAGGAACAUUUUAUUCAAACGUGCCAAUGCAGUAACUGUCUGUACAGUGUUUAAGGGAUUUCUAAUAAAUUGGUUUUAAUAAGAAAACAUAUCCUGUU